AUGGAGAGAUCCCCGAUAAUAACACACCGUGCAACCCUCGAUAUUACACUAUAUCUUGCGAAAUUUCUUGGUUUGUUUGAAAUCGACAGAGAGCCGAUUAUUAAGUACGUAGUGAUUAAUUUAGUCCGCACAUUCAAUUGGAUUGUGGUCGCGUUUAUUGUUGUGACGAAUGCUGCCGAUUUUUGUAUAAAUAUUGACCACUUUCAAGAAGUGUCUUAUAAUUUGACUUUCAUUUUUCCAUUCUUGAUAGUGGAAUUCAAGUCAAUGGUGAUUUAUCUUCAACGCAAUGAAUUUCGACGGCUUAUUAAUGAUAUUCAUGGACCCAUUUCAUUGUUAAAGUAUUCUUCAGAUUUGGGAGUCCUUACAAUCAUCAGAACUGCAAUAUUGUUUCAAAACGUCAUCUACACAAUAUAUGUCGUCGGAUCAAUUUUUGUAGUAGACCUAGGCCUCCUUCCAAUAAAAUCAUCCAUACACACCCGUGAAUUCCCAAUCCGGGGAUCAUACCCAUUUGAGGUGACCCGGAGCCCGAUUUUCGAAAUAAUUUUGGGCAGUCAAUGCUAUGGAUUAUUAAUCGGCUGCGUUUGGACCUUCAUCUUCGACACAUCAAUCAUAGGAAUUACCCAAUGGAUUAACGUGCAAUUGAUGGUCCUUCAAGCAAAUUUUCGUCAUUGCAAUGACACCAGCACAUCCCGCGCCAAUUUUUCAGUAUCUCAGCAAAACUACAACAUCAUCCAGAAUUACCAAUUUUUAAAAGUCCCCGAGGAGCAAGAGAAAAUCCAGUCUUUUGUGCCGUUUACUCUCGAAGAAGCUAACAUAUCAGCCGAUUCAUUUCUUCUGAGAUUCCAAACUUGUGUCAUCCAUCAUCAACGGCUCAUCAAAAAUCUCAACGACUGCAAUAACGCUUUCGGCUUUGUGUUGUUUGGUCAAAUACUUAUAAAUUUUAUUCUCAUCUGCGUUGGACUUUUCACACUUGCUGUAUCGCUGCACGAAAAUAGAGUCAACUUCGUAGAUAUUGUUAUCUUGACAAUUGGACUGAUCCAAUUAUUAUACUGGUGCAUCUACGGCAAUCAACUGAUAAUUGAGAACGAUAAAGUAUUGAUCAGUAUUUACGAAUGUGGCUGGGAAGACCACUUAUCUGCAAAAUCUAAGCGAAUUAUACUGAAUGGUUUAACACAAGGACUGACUCCUAUGAAAAUGAGCGCUGGGCCUUUCUUUGUCUUGUCUAUGAAAACAUUCUUAUCGGUUAUUAAAACUUCAUACUCCUACUUCGCAAUUCUCAUCACCACCAUGUCUGAU